CUUUUGUAUACAAAACGUAAAUAUGAGUGUCAAUGAAUAUAUUGCCGAAGCAGCAGCUAUUGAGCUGCCCAGCUCAGAUGAUGAAGCUGAUAAUGAACAUACAGAGGACGGUGACGUCUGUAGCGAUCAGCAGUUGGCAAAGGAAUUUCGUGUUCACUACAUAAAGGAUGAAGCGUUAUUGGACUUUAAUCAAUUAUAUGUGCUGAGCUUAGCUGCUUCUGCUGAUUUCACGCGACUGGCUGUAGGCCAAAACAAUUCCGCUGUGAAAAUCUACGAUUUGAGUGAAGGAGGCGGACUAACGAAAAUAUAUAAUGAGCUUUCUCCACGUUCACCUAUCUGGAGGAAGAAAGGGCGAGAAGUCGUUAACCGUGGUGUUCGUUUUUUGGACGAGAGUGGGAAUACAUUACUAGUGGGCUACUCAAAUGGAGAAGUGAGACUCUUCGAUUUGCGCACGUCUAGUGACCAAGCGAGAUUUAAGGCAACAGUUAAACUUACGCCUUCUUUGCCAGAAUCUAUCAGAUGCUUUGAUCGCAAUGCAAAUAGUCGAAUCCUUUGCUGCGGCACAAAGCGAAGAACCAAUACUUAUUUAAUCUUCUUUGAUAUAAGAGAGCGUAAAGAGUUGGGCCUCUACUGCGAAAGCCACUCGGAUGACAUCACUUCGGUUCGGUUUCAUGACACAUAUCCCGAUUUGCUUUGCACUGGCAGCACCGAUGGCCUAAUAAAUGUUUUUGAUAUCAAAGAAAGUAAUGAAGAUGAGGCGCUUCAAAACACAAUUAAUACUGAGAGCAGUGUGCACCGUCUCGAUUGGUAUCAGAAUGCUAAUAAUAAGGAGGUUAUCACUUGUAUUACACACACAAAUGAUUUCAAGAGCUAUGAAUGCUUAGAAGGUGAUGAUUGGUUAUCCUUUGAACGUUCUGAAAUUGUUGCUGGCAUAAGACGUAAAAGUCCAGCCAAUUUCAAUCUAAUCAAUGCUCACACUAUGCAGGAUAGGGGAUUAUUUUUGCUAGCGGGCACAAACUUCAACAAAGGUGAAAUUUUGCGUUCUGUGACUGCUCCGGCCAAAGGCUUGCUGAAGCCUUUUACAAACUUUGUUGGUAACAAACAAAUUGUGCGCGAGAGUCUCUACGAUGCUAAGCGAGAUCUGCUUAUCACAGGCGGCGAAAGUGGUAUCGUUUCCAUUUGGACAAGCGAUGCGAGCAACGUAAAUAACUACAAUAAUUUAAAGAGUACAUCUGCAGUAGCCAAAAAACACAAGAGUACACCGUAUUAAGGACCAUUUAGAA